UAACAACUGAAAGAGUGGCAAUUUGGUCACUGUGGACUCUUAAACCAUGGAAUUUGAUGACAUUCUGGAAGAGUUCGAGAGGGAAACUCGCUCUCACAAAUACAACGAAGUUGAAGUGAAACGUAGUGACUUCCAAGAGCUCCAAAACGCGUGGAUUAGUGAACGGAUGUGUCCUGAGUUGUUGGACUACAAACAGUCGCUAAUAGAUCGAAUUCUGUCCCGGAUUCGUGUUCAGAUUGAAUUCAUUGAGAUGAACUCGAUCGAAUUGCAAACCACUGAAAGAGAUAUCAAACUUCAGCUCAUGAUCAUUGAGUCUGAGCUGGACCGUGUCAAUUUCAUACUGAGAUCGUACCUUCGUACAAGGCUCUCCAAAGUUGACAAAUUCACCAUCUUUAUAAGGAAUGAUGAAGAUUUGGUACAAAGGCUAUCGCCGGCAGAAACACAGUACAUGGAGUCGCAUUUCAGAGCCUUGAUUGAUCUUUACAACUCCCUGUUCUUGUCCCAAUUACCGGAACAACUACAGGCACUGGACGACACCGGAGGUGGUAUUUCGAUGAUUGAGGAGCCAGACCUGGACAGACCAGUCUUUGUGAAAGUGAUCAACGACACGAUAGAGACCAUAGUUAUUGGUGAAGAGGAAAUCGACCUUAUCCCUGGCAGUAUCUAUCUCAUAAGAUACUCUGCAGUUCAACGGUUUGUAUACAACCAAGAUGUUCUGCUCAUAUAACAUCACAACGGCGAGAAAGGCAUACACUGUUGAGAGCCAGAAGGUGUUCACAUUAAAUAAUAGAACUAUAUAAUGGGCAUCUCAAUACAAUUAAUCACCAA